AUGAAUCCUACUCCAAGAAAAGACGACAAGCGUCCUCUCAUCCGCACAUCGAGCCAGUCGCCUCAUAUUCAACGACCUGUAGAACACUCAUUGAGGUUUCAAUCCCCGGUGCCCCAGGUGCCAAACUCAAAUCAGGCUUCAGCUUCAAGCUCCAGGUUUUCAUCACCAUCCGGCCAGAGCACAAGUACAACUCGCAUUCACAAUCCUCCUCCAAUUGCAAGCCCGCUGCCUAAAGAGUUCAGGGAUAGAUGGCGGGUUGUAAACACGUCUUCCAGCUCUAGCGUCUCUAGUUCAGACAGAACAGCUAGUAUCGGAAGCUCCUCGCUGUAUUCUUCGCCGUCUCUCAAACGCAAGUAUCAAGCGGUAUCGACAACAGGGAAUUCGAAUAAUAUAUCGCGGGUUUGGUCUGCUGUUAGUACCUCGCAUGCACAACCUGCACCUAUCGCGCCUGGACCAGGAUCAGCAAAUCGUAUUGCUUCAAACCUACCACAGCUCCCCAUUCGUCGCGAACUCACAACAAAAUCACCUUCCGCGCCUAUACCGCCUUCGCCAGCACCAUCAUUGGUACCAAAGGCUAUUUCGACCCCAUGCCAGCUUACGAUCAAUUCAAAAGACACGGUCUAUCCAUCUAGAACCCAUUUAAAUACUCAGUUGGCAACAUCCCCGAGAGCUACGCAUCAAACUCCUCCUAGAUCCCAGGAGCCGAAUACAUUUCAGCCGAAAAAAUCGAAACGAAGUGAUAGUCGAUCUGUCUCUAACAAACAUCGUAAUGGAUUGGUAGAUGGCGCCUUGGAGCCUUCGUCGCUCGAAAGCAAAAACAAAGACGCAAUGCCACUUUGGCCUUUACCGCAAGAUGAAUACCAAGCUGAGGUUCCAGCCGUGCCUGAAGACACAUCAGCACAACGACUAUACCCUGAAAAAGUAGAACCCUCAGGUCUGACAGAACGAAGAUACUCUGAAGACGAACCACAAGCCAAAGACGGCCAUAGUGAUUACGAAAGCGAUUUUUUUGAAGAUUACGACCCCUUUGACGAUGUACCUGAACUACGUGAAGCUCUGGGGAAAAGAGACAGGACGAGGAUUGAGAGUCGGCCCCUAAUCUCUAGUAAUCCUCAGUACAAUCCACCCAAGGAGUUCUUUAAAAUUAAGCCUAGUGAAUCUCGACUGCCCUACUUAUCUUCCAAUACAAGGUCGUACUUCCGAGACGGAAACAUUCCCUACCUUGAUUCAAUGAUUGAUCGUCAGCUCCAUGUACCAUUCUCUGAACAGGAAGCAAGAACGGUCUGGCAUACGGCAUAUGUCAUAUGCCCUAGUCUUGCAAAGGAACUUUUUUUUUUCGAGGAAAAAUUCUCUGUUGGGGUUGGAAUUAAAGCUUUGGCAGCAUUCUUGGAAUCCUCAGAAUUCUCUCGCAGUGAAAAGCAUGAGACUCUUGUGUCCAUUGCGUCGGAAGCCACCUUAGACCUCCCGAGGAGAAAAGAGGAGGAUGUGCAACGGUAUUUGAUAGAGGCUAUUCAGGCACGUAAUCCUACAUCUCGGUCGCAGGAUAUUGUGAUUGUGUCCAAGGAUAGGCCUGAUAGUGGAACGUCGUGGUCAUCACUCAUUCUUGCCCGCCAGUGUACAGAGGGGAUGUGGACCCGAAGGCAUCUCACGAGUCAUGCGCAUGUUCAAUCUAUCGGGUCUCGGAAAGCCCUCCGGUUCCUACGACCUUUUCGGACCUUUACUGAAGGAUCGAGUGAUGUCGUAGAUUGUGCGUGGGAUUCUAGUGGUCGGAAUUUCGCAUUGGCAUGCACUACUUACAAUGACAUGUACAACAGGGUUGGGAACCUCAUGCUUGGGAGUGUCGAUGGUCCCAUCAAGUUUCUAUGUGGGCACAAGACUCGAAGGCCCCCUAAUCAAGGAAACACCGCAAUCCUCGAUCCCUACUUGCAUAGUACUGUGUCUUCUGUAGACUUUUCCGGCGACCUGCUCUUCUCUAGUGGUUUUGACAACACCGUCAAAAUAUGGGAUAAGAAUAACAAACUAUUACAGCGGUCCCUUCUUUUCGGCUCCCCUGUGGUACGCAUGAAGAUGAGUGGGCUUUUUCAAAAUACUGGCACUGUUUGUCUUCAAGAUGGCGGUGUCGUUAUAUUUCGGUCCUGCUUGCACUCUGGCGACGAACCUGACUCUCGCCAUGUUAUAUCUGCCCGACAUGACUUUCUAGAACCAGCAUCUGUUUUGUGGGUCAACGGAACAGCAAGACGCAAGGGCUGGGUUUUCGUAGGAUAUGAGAAUAAAGAGAGUGACAAACGCCAGCCUAAUGCGUCUCUAGGGGAUUUGAGACUCUUCGAUGCCAAACAUGGGCAGGAAGUUCAAGAAAUCAGACCAGGCUCAACGAGACAAUUCGAUAUCAAUUUAGAUGACAGUGGUUCAUUCCUUAUUACCGGUUCAAUUGUAAGUGCAGCUAGGAGGCCGACUCCAGAUACGCACUCCUUUGUUCGGGUGUAUGAUAUAGAACAAUCUCCCCGCAAGAUGCUAGAGUUCAGCUGCCAGCAUAAGGAUAUUAACAAGGUUACAAUGAGUCCUUGCAGAAGAUAUGUAACUUCAUCUGGGACGAAUGGUAAAAGCUAUCUCUGGGAUAUUAGAAGAGGAGGAGACCCUCUCCAUGAGCUUGGACACGGCGAAUCGAGAACACCACUUAGCCCGGAUAGAGAUCGCGAAGAGGUGGACACUGGCGUCACUUUUGCUUCUUGGGUAGCAGAUGGGGGCCUAUUCAUAACGGGAAGUUCGGAUGGCAUUGUCAAAGUAUGGGAUCCCGCGAGAGCUGACCCAUUCUUGUACAACUUGGCUACUUUCGACGAUCCCGUGAUGACCGGCGCUUUCUCCCCAGAUGGCGAUUGUUUGAUGAUUGGCGAGACGACUGGCAAAGCAACUUUAUUAUCAUAUAUGGGGCGACACGGUCCGCCAGAACCAUUUGUGCAGGAUAGGACUAUGCUCGCACCCAUUGCCUCCGAAGGUUAA